AUGGGCGACUCAUCAUACAAAGGCGUCUCAGCGUCCCAAGACUCUCGCUUUUCCAACAAAGAAUCCACCCUUCUCCGCAAACUCACCUUCCCACCGCACUUCAACACCAAAGUCGACAUGCGCAAAGUCGAACUGUCCGUCAUCAAACCCUGGAUUGCUCGCCGAGUCACCGAACUUCUCGGCUUUGAAGAUGAUGUCGUACUCGAGUAUGCGAGUGGUAUGCUGGAGGAAGAGAGGUUUCCGGAUCCGCGAAAGGUGCAAAUUCAGCUGAUGGGGUUUUUGGAGGGUAAAACAGCAGAGUUUAUGAGUGAGUUGUGGGAACUGUUGGUGAGCGCACAGGAGAGUCUAGGGGGCGUGCCGAAGAGGUUUGUGGAGGAGAAGAAGGAGGAGUUGAGGAAGAAGAGGGAGGAGGGGGAGAGAGUAGUGAGGGAGGCGAGGGAGAGGGCGGCGAGAGCGGCAGAGAGUGCGGGUGCAAGUGGUGAGGCGGUGGCGAGGGAGGGCAAGAGGAGAUCGAGAUGGGGUGCAGGAGCUCCAACAACUUCAGCGCCAGCAGGAGAGGUUGAUCGACGUCCUCCGGCAUAUACAAGGGGGAGGGAUAGGGAGCAACCACCUCUUCCUCGAGUCGACUAUCGUCGCAGAGAUGAUCGAAGCACUCGGAACCGUCGAGAUGACCGCAACAGUGGCAAUUUCAGAAAUCGAAACGGUAACAACACCGACCGAAGCCGUGAUUCAGGCUGGGGCUCUCGAGCUCCUCAACAGGCAGACUCCUAUCGUCCUUCUCGUCGAUCCCCUUCUCCUCCACCUCGUCAUCGUCGACGAUCACCCUCCCCCGUGCCACCUCCUCGUCCAUCACCACCUCCUCGCUCACCAUCACGAUCACGCUCUGUCACACCAGACUAUCGCGCCGCUAUCCGCGAGAAUAAGCGUUCUGCACAACCCUCCAGAUCUAAGCACCCAAAGCCGGAGGACCGAGAGGAUGCUUCCAACCGGGACGCCCUCAAGGUCGAGACUUUACGGGAGAAGUUUCGCUCGCAGCCUGGUCCAAGAUCCAAAACCGGGCGGGAAGAACCAGAGGAGGAGGAAGAUGCGUAUAAGAGGGGUGUCGAGCGGUCUGCUUUCCGAGACAUGGUCUUCAGCGAUAGCGAGUCGGAAGACAGGCUUGAAGCCGAACGAAGCAGACAGAAGAUGUCAAGAAGUGAUCUGAGUUCCGAUGAUGACGAGUUCGAACUGCCAAGCGACGCUGAGAAGGAGCACGAGAGGGACAGAGAACGAGAGCUACGGAACAAAUUGCUGCGUGCUAAGUCCAGCAGGAGCUCGAAGAAGGCUUGA